GAACUUGAAUCGGUGACAGUACCUUUGACUUCGGUUCGGUUGUACACUAAUACUUGCUCUUGAGCUCGUUGUCAGCAACGACGAGCAUGGCCUCAUCACCACCACUUCCACCCACCCCGCUUGAACAACCUCAUCUCGUCUCCCUCGUUCUUCAGUCCAAGAAAGCCUUACAGCAUGGAGAGCAGCUCUGCUCAAAGGCAAAUGCGCUUUCGAACACGUCCGCUCAAUGUUCUAUCGACGUACUCGCCCUCGACGCCAAGGUCAAAUGGUUAAGCGAUGCAGUCCUGGAACAGCUCAAGCUUGCGGCCAGUGUGGCGAAGAGUAUUGAAUACAAACGCGCUCAACUAGACAAGCAAGUUCGCGAAUGGGACACUGGGCGCACUCGACGGACAAAUGCGCUUGAUGGUAUACUUGAGUCACUAGGCGCCCAGCUAGUACCACCAGACUUCCACCAGCCAUCCUCUGAGUCUUCUUUGUUUGGCAGUCAACACUCCGACCUUGGUGCAAAUGGAAUCAGCGGUAUAUUCAACGCAGACCACAGUCCUACCGCCACCCUCCGUGACAACGCUUUUGAGCGCAAAGGCAAGCGAACAGAUCGGACUAAAUGGAAAACCUUGCGAGAUUUUGUCGAUGAGAGGGCUAUCGAAGAUGUGCUAGAUUCUUUGGAAGGCGAAAGGACCAAACUGGAUGACGUCUUGGCCUCAACAUACGACUAUCCGGAGACUCUGUUAAACACUGUGUCGUCUAUACGUGAAUCUUUGCCUGAGUCGUCAGCUUUGCCCUCGAUAAGGGAUAUAAUUAUUUCACAGGAGAAGAUUUCGACCCAAAUGGCCAGUCACCUAGAGAGCCUUGCCGCCCAUUACGAUCAGAUGGCUGGUGCUCUGCGAGAGAGUGAAGCAGGAGAAUCAUUUAGCGAAGAAGACUUACAAGAUAUGAACCGCGAUACCAACGAGCUUCCAUCUAUAAUGUCAGAACUGGAAGAAAGCAUGAAAUCCAUAGAAGCAACUCAUGAGCAACUGUUAUCAGCAAAGGCUUUGGGAGAGCAGCAGCGGGAAGUGCAUCGAACCACUCUGGAUGACCUUGAUGAGCUAGGCGAAAUUAUGUCCGAGAUGCUUCAACGACAGCAAGACGUUGUGGACGAGUGUCGAGAACUUUUAGACGGCUUACAGCAACAAUUAUUAGUCAUCGACGACCUUUACCACAGAUUUGUUCAGUACCAGGGUUCCUUCAACAAAUUACUUGUCGAAAUUGCGCGGCGACGACAAUACAAAGAAGCCGCUGAGAGGAUAGUUGAGGGAAUGAUGAGACAGCUGGAUGCUCUAACGGAAGAGGAACGUCACGUUCGGAAUGAAUUUAAUGCAGAUCAUGGCGCUCAUAUCCCCGCUGAUAUCUGUUUAUGCAUAGAGAACAUGCCGACUAGAUGGGAAGUGGUUCCUUACGAUGGAGAUUUACUGGAGACGCUCCCUGAAAUCGAUGAUGACAUUUUAGCUCAGGCAAAGGAUAAUUCUGAUGUGAAAGUAUCUAUUCCAGGAAGUGAGAGUUUAUAAAAUAUGCAUUCUGCUAUGGGACGUUUGUCCCGUUGCAUGUCUCAUAACUCUUAUCUCCGGUCUUGCGGAGCCACAUUCGAAGCGAGUGGAAAGCGUGUUGCUUUCCUACACUUCCUAGAACCUCAUGAGUGGGAGAGUACCAACGACAUUCUUCCCAUAUCUUGAGCUGUUCCAUGUGCUCAAUGUCAGCUAAAUAUAAUAAUAUUGUUGUCAAAAUCUGUGAUGCUUUACGUCCAGUUUAGCAUAGUCAAAGUCAACGAGAUGGACCGCACACAGCAUC